AUUAAAAGAACAAAGCAAGGAAGCAGAUGGCACUUGUAGUACGUGUCAGAAGCAGAGUGAUGGUUGGGGUGGUGGUGAUAGUACUGUUAUUAUCAGUGCUAUGGGGGAGAACGGAGGGGCUGGCGAAGUUGCCGGAAAAUAUGACGGUGACGGCGGUGCUGGUGCUCGGAGAUUCUAUAAUGGACACGGGGAACAACAACAAUAACCCCACGACCUUGGCUCGCUGCAAUUACAAGCCUUAUGGUAAAGACUUCCAAGGAGGCAUCCCCACCGGACGAUUUGGCAACGGAAAGGUUCCCUCCGAUCUCAUUGUGGAAGAACUGAGAAUCAAGGAACUGCUGCCAGCAUAUUUGGAUCCAAAUCUCCAACCUCAGGAUCUCCCCACUGGCGUCAACUUUGCAUCGGGUGGCUCCGGAUACGAUCCUUUGACCUCCAAAUUAGCGUCAGCCAUAUCGCUGACUGAUCAAGUGGAGCUGCUCCGACAUUACAAGGAGAAGCUGAAAGCACAGGUCGGAGAAGACAGAACCGAUUUCAUCAUAUCAAACAGCAUCGUUUUCGUGGUCGCAGGCAGUAAUGACAUCUCCAACACUUACUUCCUGUCUCGCGCAAGACAACUCCAAUAUGAUGUUCCUGCUUACACUGACCUUAUGGUCACUUCUGCUUCUAACUUAGUGAAGGAUUUAUACGAAGUGGGGCUGAGAAGAAUUGGAGUGUUCAGUGCACCGCCAAUAGGGUGUGUUCCAUUUCAGAGAACAGUAGCUGGAGGAGCAGAAAGAAAGUGUGUAGAAAGAUACAACGAAGCAGCCCAGUUAUUUAACUCUAAACUCUCUCGAGAGCUGGCUUCCCUUAAUCGUGAUUUGCCCAGUAGCAGAGUCGUUUAUCUUGAUGUUUACAGCCCUCUCCUUGAUGUCAUCGUCAACUACCAGAAAUAUGGGUUCAAGGUGGGAGACAAAGGAUGCUGUGGCACAGGUGAAAUAGAGGUCACAGAGUUAUGCAAUCAUCUUACACCGACAUGCCCUGUGGAUUCAGAAUAUGUGUUUUGGGAUAGUUUUCAUCCAACUGAAGCUGCUUACAGAAAGCUAAUCAGUCCCAUCCUUAGCAAAUAUGUCAACCAAUUCUCUUGACCCAACUUAUUAUUUGGAUGAUGAUGAUGAUCACCAUUAGUUAUAAUCUUACAUAAAAGGCGAUGAUUACGAGGUCAAUUGCGUCAACCAGCAAGAUGCCAGUAUCAAUAAAAUCUACAGUCACUGUGUCUUGAGAGUGAUGGUUUCCGUUGUCUUUUUGUUUAUCCUUAGUUGUUGGAGAUAUAUUCAACAUUAAUUAGUCACAAACACCAAGUGACCAUUAAAGCUACGUGGAAAUCCUUCAUGUAUUUCACGAAGUGUGGACAAUGAAAAUAACUAUAGAUUUAAUAUUUGAUAUUAAUUAUAUUGA